AUGGACACAGUUGAUAAUUUAAUAUUCUGUCAUAGAAGAAAAGACAAAGAAAGAGAAGAGGGAAAGAGAGAAUCAAUCUCAAGAUUUCAAUCAGUAAUAGAGUGGAGUACACAAGUCCAUCAGGGACCCCCUAAAACAUACCUUCUGAAGACUUUUAAAGAGGAGCUGGUUGAGGGUGGAAUGGUCAGAAGAUGUUCAUUUGGAGUAAGGGAUCCCAGCAAAAUGACCAGAACCAUAAUGAUGGUGGGAGAGACAGGAGCAGGAAAGUCCACCCUCAUCAAUGUGAUGGUCAACUACAUACUACGAGUGGAGUGGGAUGAUAACAUCCGGUUUGAAAUUAUUGAAGAUGAAGGAAGAAGCCAGACUGAGUCUCAAACCACUGCUGUUACUGUGUAUGAGAUCUAUGGACAGGAAGGGGUUCGAGUUCCAUUUUCUCUCAGAAUCAUUGACACCCCUGGUUACGGAGACACCAGAGGAAAACAAGAAGACAAACUCAUUGCUGAAAAGUUGCACAAUCUGUUCAAAUCUGAAAAUGGUGUUCAGCAAAUCGAUGCAGUGUGUUUUGUCGUGAAGUCGUCACAAAAUCGUCUCACAGAUACUCAGAGGUACAUAUUUGAUGCUAUCCUGUCUUUAUUUGGGAAGGACAUGAAGAAUAACAUCAUGGCUCUGAUUACGUUCCACAGUAAGGGGAAACCAGCAGCCCUUGAAGCCAUUGACAAAGCUGGUGUUCCCUGUGCCAGGAAUGAGAAAAACCAACCUGUUCACUUCAAAUUUGAUAAUGUGUCAUGGAGAGAUGAUGAUGAUGAUGAUGAUAAAGAGGACAUGAAAAACAGCUGGGCAAAGGGAGUGAAAAACAUGCAGAGCUUUUUUCAGUACCUGAACACAAUGGAAAUGAGAAGUGUGCAGAUGACUCAGGAGGUGCUGAUGGAGCGUAUUCAGCUGGAGGCUCGUGUGCAGAAUUUACAGGAGAGGAUCAGAGAGGCUGAAUAUAUACAGAAUGAGCUCAGACAGACACAAGAUGUAGUGGAGAAACACAAAGACGACAUAGAUGCAAACAAAGACUUUACAUAUGAGGUAGCUGUGUAUUAUAUGGAAAAAGUCAAAACCGAACAAAAAGCUACUAGCUGCCUGAAAUGUGAGAGAACCUGUCACUACCCCUGUAAAUUCAUACCGGGAACAUUCUGGUGUGCUGCAAUGAAGGGGAAUAAAUGCACAGUCUGUCAUGGGAAAUGCAAACCUGAAGAUCAUGUCAGAGAAUACAGUAUGUAUGAUUUGAAGACAAGAAAAGAAAAAAAGACCUCUGGAGAAAUGAAAUUAAAAUAUGACAGGGCAUCAGGGGAGAAGGCCUCAGCAGAGAGUCUGCAAAAUACCCUUCAGAAUGAGCUGAAGAAAUCUGAGGCAGAAAAGAAGAAACUCAUAGACGAGUCAUACAACUGUGUUGUCAGACUGAAUCAGAUUGCCUUGAAGCCUGACUCACAGUCUACUCUUCAGCAUCUUGACUUCCUGAUUGCAAGAAUGAAAGAAACUGAAGACACCGUUCGGGUUCAAAAGCUGAAGAGCAUAAAGAAAAGAACAGAAAAGGCACUCAAGAAUAAGGAGGGAGGGAGCUCUCUACCUGAUAAAGUUUCUGAUUUAUUCAAAUAGCUUCACAAGAAAGCAAAGAA